AUGGCUGCCUUCUUUCAGAGACUCGCCAAGGCCACCCCAACCGCCUUCACCGCCGCCUUCAACUCCGGCUCCGGCCACUCCAGGUCCGCCUUCCGCUUUCCGAUCGGUGCUCUCGCGGCUGUCUCCGGCGGAAUCUCGUACGUCUACUACCACUCGUCGGUUUAUCUAGAUGAAAUCAAAGAAGAACAGACUGGUCCAAAAGUUGCACUUAAUCCGAAUAAAUGGACAGAAUUUAAGCUGCAAGACUCGGCAAGAGUUAGCCACAAUACUCAAUUGUUCAGAUUUACAUUUGACCCAACCGCCAAGUUAGGUUUAGAUGUGGCUUCAUGCCUCAUUACAAGGGCUCCAAUUGGACAAGAUGCUGAAGGGAAACCAAAAUUUGUCACACGCCCGUAUACUCCUAUAUCAGAUCCAGAGUCCAAGGGAUACUUUGACUUAUUGAUUAAGGUGUAUCCAGAAGGGAAAAUGAGCCAGCAUUUUGCAAGCUUAAAACCAGGCGAUGUACUCGAAGUGAAGGGGCCUAUUGAAAAGUUGAGAUAUAUUCCCAACAUGAAGAAACACAUUGGCAUGAUUGCAGGUGGUUCUGGUAUCACUCCAAUGCUUCAGGUCAUUGAGGCUAUACUUAAAAAUCCUGAUGACACAACCAAGGUGUCACUGCUUUAUGCUAAUGUGUCUCCAGAUGACAUACUGCUUAAACAGAAACUUGACCUACUUGCAGCUGCCCACCCUAAUUUGAAGGUCUAUUACACAGUUGAUAAUCCUACAAAGAGUUGGAAAGGAGGGAAAGGCUUCAUAUCAAAGGACAUGGCAGUUAAAGGGUUACCUGGUCCCUCUGAAGAUACUCUCAUCCUUGUAUGCGGUCCUCCUGGGAUGAUGGAACACAUAUCUGGAGGCAAGGCUAAAGACUGGUCACAAGGAGAGCUCUCUGGCAUACUAAAAGAACUUGGCUACACAGAAGAAAUGGUUUACAAAUUUUGAAAAUUAGCAGAGGCCGUUUAGGUUUUGAAGCGAUUAGCCAAUUACUAGGAACAGUUUGCUGCCAAUAAGAUGUUUUCAUAGGAAGCAUAACAAUUUCUCUAUGGAGUUUAUACCCAUUUAAAUGGAAUCCUAGUGUGCAUAGGAAUCUGCUACGUUUGCAUGAUGAGAUGACUUGGUUCACUGUAUCUGUAUUCCUGCAAAUACAAAUUGUUACAGGAAGACAACUUGACUAUAAAACCUGAUUCAACACUUUGUGGUUUUAUUGAUUCGGAAUAUAAACACUGAUUAAAUUUCAUAGA